GAUAAAAUCAUCCGAAAAAAAGAAAAAACCCAGAACGCAGCGUCGAUCUCCGCUAUUGCUCGAGUGUGGGCAAAUGGCUGCUCCUCUCCUCCUGUUUGACGUCCUAAAUUACGGAAUUUGACUUCCGCGACGGCGAAACCGCCUUAUGAUAAAUAAAUAAGCUCUGUUUAUAUCAACUGAUAAUCUACUACUAAACCCAUAAGAAUGAGUACCUUCGAGGGGAUUAUCAAAGAAAUCCCCGGGAUCAGCGUAGACCGCUUCGAUGGCAAAAACCUCAAUUCUACUGCUUUCUUCCUCUCACACUGUCACAGUGACCACAUGAGUGGCCUCAAUACGGUUUCCUUUCAAAAUAAAUUAAUAACUGAUAACUUAACGUUGUAUGUCAGCAGUGUUUCCGCUGAAAUACUGAAACGUUUGUACCCGGAGAUACAAAAAAACGUACAAACUUUACCGGUAGAACAAUGUUCUGUUGUAAAAGUCCAUAACGAAUGGCACGUGUCUGUGACGUGUAUUCCCGCUGGUCACUGUCCAGGCUCAGUGAUGUUUUUAUUUGAAACAAAUCACGGUUCCAGGAUUUUAUAUACCGGAGACUUUAGGAUCAAUACUGAAGACAUUACAAAGUUCAAAUGUUUUUAUGAUAAAUUUAAUGAAGUGAAACCUGUGGACAAGAUUUAUUUAGACACCACGUUUUUCUCGCCAUUAUAUUCGUCUCUGCCGAAGAGGCAAGACAGUCUGGACGAGCUGUGCAAGUUAAUUCUAAAUUGGACCACACUGGAUCCCGCGAAUUGCGUCAAAUUGGACCUGAGGGCCAAAUACGGGUACGAGUACGCGUUCAAAGAAAUUUUCGCGAAAUGUAAAAUGCCCGUUCACGUGGACCAAGAGAAAUUCAAUUUUUAUUCCCUUAUACCCGAGAUGGAUGAAUGCGUUACCACUAACGGCAACGAAACUCAGAUACACAACUGUAAAUUUAUUCAAAAAGAUGUUUGCGUAUUUUGCAAUAAAGAUAAGCUAAGAAUUAUUAGACUUUCAGCUUUCCGUUGGCACGGAGACGAUUUUACCAGAGGCAUUUCCGAAGUUGAUUCGGAAGGUGUUUUUUAUGUUUGCUAUUCUACACACGCUUCAUACCAAGAGGGACGGGCUUUAAUAAACUUUUUACGCCCCAAAGAUAUACAUGUUUGCGUGAAGGAACCUAACAAUCCUGACGGUAAUGUAGCUAUGGAAAUACUGAUCAAAAAAGAGCUGGAUAGGGUUAAUCGAAUUGAGAAAAAAAAGGUUGAAAGUACUAAUAAGCUGUUUAGUAUUGAACAAAUUGGUUGGGGAGAACCCAGAAAGAGAUCAAGAAAAAAUGAGGAUAGUGGUGGGGUUUUGGAUUCACCACCAAGAUAGCCUCUGGAAAGAACUAAUUAUUGUUAUUAUUAUAAUGUUAGAUUUCAGAAGUUACGUGGAAAUAAGUUUUACAUUCGUAUUUUUAUACUAUACUUGAGAAUUCUUGAAUAAAAUUAUAUAAUAAGGCUUUUUCUUGUAUGAUCUUUUUGUCAGUGUCAAAUAAAUAAAGCAAACUUUUUCA